AGCAGGACAGGGAGACAUACAGACGGGAGAAGCUGAGCCGCCAUUUCACUUUUCAUUCAUUAGGGUCGAGGCCUAAGUUACAUCGUAUAAUUGGAUACACAGAACUACCACCAUGGUUAAAAUGUUUAUUGGCAAUCUUGCCUGCAACACUACACCCGAGGAGCUCCGAGAACUCUUCGAGAAGUAUGGAAAAGUCACAGAAAGUGACGUUGUCAAAAACUAUGGCUUCGUACACAUGUCCAACAUUUCUGAAGCAGAGGAGGCCAUUCGAAACCUCCACCAGCUCCAGCUGAAUGGCUGGCGCAUGAAUGUUGAGAUGAGCAAAGGGAGGCCCAAGUCCACCACCAAACUACAUGUCAGCAACCUCGGCGAGGGGGUUUCCAACCCUGUUCUGCGGGCUAAGUUUGAAGAGUUUGGUACGGUGGUAGAGUGUGACAUAGUGAAGGACUACGCGUUUAUUCACAUGGAGCGAAUGGAGGACGCCAUGGAUGCCAUCAGUAAGCUGGACAACACGGCCUACAAAGGCAAGCUGAUGAGCGUACAACUGUCCACCAGUCGGCUGCGCACGGCCCCAGGAAUGGGAGAACAUACCGGCUGCUAUGUCUGCGGGAAACAUGGUCACUGGUCGAAAGAUUGUCCAGUCAGUCGGAACGGUAGCCACGGUGAAGGCUCAAGAGGUCACAGCAGCCGGGCCCCCCCACGCAGUCCCCCGAGUUAUGGCAGGGGCAGCUAUGAGAUGCCCUCCCCUCCAGCUGAAUACAGGAGUGGCUCUGCGUAUAGUCGCUCUAGUUACAUGGGUGGGUUGCCGCCUCCCCCUCGUAGGCUCAGCGGCUACAGCCCUGAGCUGGGGGAGCGGUACGCAAGCAGAGCGCCAAGCUCCUACGCCGAGAGGUCAUCAGUGUAUGACCGCGACCGCCUCUAUAGCAGUGUCGACUAUUAUGAGAAGUACAGAGAUCGGCCAUACGGCUCAAGCUAUUUUGAGGGUCGCCGAAUGUCCUAUAUUCCUCCUCCUCCCCCACCCCCUCCUUCCUCCUUCUCAAAGCUCUCCUCCAGUAUAGAUGCGUAUGAACGUCGGGCACUGCCCCCCUCGCCAUCGGCUGCAGCAUACUACGCACGAGACCGCAGCCCGAUCAGACGGGUGCCGGUCUCCCCAUCAGGUUACGCCUACGAGCGAACACGGCUGUCCCCGGUGUCGGCCACCAGAAGCUCCUACUCUGCCCCCAGACCCAGGGAUAAUUACACACCACGCUAUGCGCCUUACUGAAGACUGGGUGCCAAGGUCUGUUUGUGAACUCCAGGACUCUUCCUCUGCCGUCAUUUCUCGAAGCUACGUGAUUCCAUCAGUCGUGUGUGCUUCGAAGAUAAGAAUUGCGGUUAUUAUAUUGGAAAUUGUGUCGGCAUCUUCCAGGCGCCUGAGAUGCCAGUUGCCCGCAGAUGAAUCGUCCUUUCAAUCACAUUUACAUAACCUGUUUUCAAUAAGGACUGACUGCACCAUUUUACAUUAAUGAUGUAUCUAACAGUAAUUAGCUGACUUUUUUUCUUACCUGUGUUUCUUCCUCACGUUAAUUGAAUUGUUAAAUCCAGUACAUGUUUGGCUCCUGUUUCUUGUUUAGAAGAAGUGUUUAUGUUUCUUUAAUAUAUCAAAAUGUACCUACCUUUUUUGAAUGGAAUGAGGGUUAACUGAUGUUUCAUCAGUUGUUGUAGUACAGAAUCUUGCCAAUGGCAAGAUAUAUAGACUUGAUCUGAGUCACUUAUAUGGAUGUGGAUAAAGAUUAAUGUUUGUACCCAAAUGAUGAUAGUUGGUGUUUGUUAAAUGUGCUGUGUUACUGAGAUUCACAUUGAACACAAUAGAGAAAAACAUCCAUAUCCAUGCAACUGACAACUCCAAUUGUGACACUGAGUUAGUUUCUAUGGUAAGCAGAUCAUCUCAAACCUUCCAGCUUAAUUUUUCUUCCAGUUUUAAUCAAUUUCUAAAAAAUAUAUAAUUUACACAUUUGAUAACACUUAUGAAGUGUCUGUUGAUCUGAAGUCAACAUUUCAUAACAAGGGACACCAUACAAAAAGUCAGCUGUCAUGCAAUGUGCAACUACAUAACAUUUUGUGUAUGCUUUCUGUCUAUGUAAUGUUGCACACUUUGCCAACACAGAAUAGUCUGUUAUCUCCUUACUUUUAUUUGGGAUGGAUGUUUUUUUGUGUCCAUACUAGUAUAACCAGCACUUGUGUUCUCUGGAAGGUGCCUUUGGUGCUUUUUACAGUUUGUAUUUUUCAUACUAGCUGUAUACGUACUAGCAUAGCCUACAUCUAAAAUGAAUAUAAUUUUGAAUAAACCAAAACUGUUUUUGGUGACAUUUC